AUGUCCGUCCACGCCGGACGGAUGCGCGUCUCGAUCGCCGUGGUGUUGCUGGUCGGGCUGUGCCUCGGACCGACUCCCACCGUGGCCCACCAGUGUUUCUGCGGUGUCCGCCGGGCGCAGAACGAAACCAUCUAUCCGGAUCACCCGAUCGAGCCGGGCGAGUGGCCCUGGCACACGCUGAUCUACCACUGGCCCGGACCGAAGCUGUAUCCGCCGGCGCGCAUCUGCGAGGGUGCCCUCAUCGACGAACGGUUCGUGCUGGCGGCGGCCCACUGCCUGAUGGUCGGUGGCGCCGGGCGCAAAGGUGAGCUGCUGCCGGCCGACCAGCUCGUGGUGCACGUGGGAGUCGUGGCGGUGCAGCAGGAUCACGACCAGUCCCGCCGGUUCCGGGUGCGCAACGUGACCGUCGAAGACGAGUCGGAUCUGGCACUGAUCGAGCUGGUGGUGGUACAGGAACCGCCCAGGGUACUUCCGCUCGGCAUGCCGCUGCUCGACAGUGAGGAGGGCAGCGGCGAGGAGCAGCCUGGAGGCUGGAAGCCGACGCCCGUCUGCCUGGUCGACGCCCUCGACCUAACUACCCUCUACGGUACCGAGAUGUACAUCCUCAACCAGAGCCAGCGGACCCGGCUGGGCGGCUACGAACCGGUACGCCUCGUGCUGGACGAGUUCCUCCUCUGCACCGGCUCCACGCUUGCCAUGAAGUCACGCUCCAUCAACGGCACCACCGUUUCCUUCACGAUCAAAGAUCUCAACCUACCCAGCCACGACCGGGGUACGGGACUCUACUUCAAGCACCAGGGCACCUGGAGCCUGCUCGGGUUCACCGUGGCCCGCGCCACCCGCCAGUGGACACCCGGCUCCGUCUGCCUGCCGAACGACAUCAUUUCCUUCGAUUGUCUCUACCCGGCGCUCGACUGGGUGAUGGAAAACUUCGCCGACACGAACAGCUGAAAAGGUCCGGAGACCACUUUCUUCUGUAUUGUGUGCCUGUGUGUGUGUUUGUGUGUAUGUGAUUUUGUGUGAGUGUAUAGUUUCGUUGUAAAACCCUCUGUAAACUUCCCUUCCUCAACCGAAAACACAAUAAAUUGUGCGAUUAUGUGACUCGGUA